AUGGUAUGCGCAAAAGAACCAACAGACUGUCAAGCACAAUUCCGCUAUGGAGAACCAACUGUUUUUUUGAUUAAAAGAGUGAAAAAUCGAACAGCUUAUCAAGCACUCUGCCGGGGAACGGUGGCAUGGGGUCCAAGAGGUAGAUUUGAACCGUACUACCAAAAUGAGUACACCAUCCUCAUGCUUCUCGUCAUCGCAUGCCUUAUCCUCUGUACAGUAUUUGGAAAUGGAUUGGUUGUAGCCGCGCUCUUUCUGGAAAGAAGUCUGCAGCGAUUCUCCAAUUACCUAACUGUCAGCCUUGCUGUUGCCGACUUAAUGCUUGCUGCUUUGGUCAUGCCCAUCAGUGCACUGGAUGCGGUCUCCACGAGGUGGUUCAUGGGCUUGUCAAUUUGCGACUUUUGGAUCGUCAUGGAUGUUCUCUGCUGCACGGCCUCCAUUUUACACCUUGUGGACAUCGCAAUAGACCGGUACUGGGCAGUCACUCAUGCUGACUACAGUCGAAGGAAUAAUAAAAAAAUAAUCUUCGGAAUGAUAUUUUUCACGUGGUUUGCUGCUAUAACUAUAUCUCUACCGAGUCGAUUCACCAUAACUGAGUCCAGCAAUCUUAUUGCACAAGUUCUUAAACACAGAAGCUGUGUUAUCAAUAAUGAUAGGGUUUACACAGUCUUCUCAACCGUAGGCUCCUUCUUUCUGCCCAUGACCUUCCUUCUUUUUAUCUACAUCAAAAUCUACGCUUCUGCACGGAAGCGGAUUCGACGCAACAAAUUCAAGUGGUUAGAAUGUCCCUCCUCUGCUACCACCACUAUGAAGACCUGUGAGUCCACCAUUACCCUUACAGAGGCGGCCACAAUCAGUGGAGUCCCACCUAGUCCGGUGAAACCGCUCGUUAAAGGAACAACGGGUCUUUUCAACCAUGCACGCCUCUUUAACCCCACCAUUUGGGUUGACAAUGGUAACGACAUCGACGAUGUGGUCUACGAUUGUGGUCAUUCCCCAUCCUCCUCACCACAUCCAAAUGACGUACCUGCCAUUCAGUCCUCAUUCAUUCCCCAGACACCCCUUCCAACACCUCAUCGUGCCUUUGACCUGCAACACCUAUCCUCAUCUCCGCCCUCACCUUUGCGAACACCUUCGCCGAAGGCGAACGGUUGUAUCAAUUUCAACCACCUCCCCUGCGAGAGAAAACGCAAGUACGCCUUUGAUAUUAACAUUAGCUGUGCCCUUAUGUCGGUGAAGAGGAGCCACCUCAAUAAGGAUUUCUCAGUGGCAGCCGUCGAGACGGUGGUGGCGCGACGAGAGCGAUUAGAACACCGACGUGAGCGCCGAGCGGCCCCCACGCUGGCAAUACUUACGGCCUGCUUCCUACUCUGCUGGAUUCCCUUCUCCGUGAACGCCUUAGUACAGCCCUUCUGCGGCAAGGUGUUCGUCCUGCCCACAGCUGGUGGGAGAUUCUUCCUCUGGUUGGGCUACUUGAACUCCCCAUUGAAUCCUAUCAUUUACACUGUGUUUUCACCGGAUUACCGCAAGGCUUUUGUUAAAAUUCUUACAUGUGGUAAUAAUGGAUUCAGAACUGGAAAGCAACGCUGGUAA